CAGCAGGGCUGCUGACGGGAGCGCGCACGCUGUCUCCGCGCGAGCCAGAUCUAUCGCCCCGUCCCUAAGGUUACCUGCACACUCACACAGAGGAAAGGGGAGCAGCUCGCCGCGAGCGUAGGUCAAAAAAUGGACAGAGUUUUAGGAUUUGCCGUGGUGUCGAGCGUUUUAUGCGUUGGAUCUGUGUUGGGAAAAUACGUCAGAGGCAUCGUCAACACCAAAGAGGACUGGGUGUUUCUGACGAGAUUUUGCUUCCUCACUGAUUCUGGCAGACUGGACUUUAAGUUCCGCUAUCCUAAGUCACGCUGCUGUCAGAACAUAUUGCUCUACUUUGAUGAGAGCUCACAGUGGCCAUCUGUAUACAAGAGACCAGAGAAGGACUGCUACCAGAAGGAGGCGGUCCUGAGGCCUGAAAACAAUCAAGUCAUCAACCUCACCACCCGCUACACCUGGUCCGGAUGCGUUGUUGAAGGAGAGGGAGAUGAAGAAAUUCUGAGCUGUGUUGGGGGGCGCAGUUUUCGUUCAGUUAGAGAGAGAUGGUGGUACAUCGCCCUCAGCAAAUGUGGGGGAGGAGGGCUGCAGUUGGAGUAUGAGAUGAAACUGACCAAUGGGCAGUCUUUCUGGACACAGCAUUUCUCUGCAGAUGAAUUUGGAAUUUUGGAAACGGACAUCACAUUCUUAGUGAUAUUUGCCACAGUGUUCACUCUCUCCUGCUACUUUGCAUAUAAUCUGAAGGGAAGACAGCUGCUCCAUACAACCUAUAAAAUGUUUAUGACUGCAGCUGGAGUCGAGGUUCUCAGUCUGCUCUUCUUUUGCAUCUACUGGGGCCUGUAUGCCAGAGAUGGAGUGGGGAAUGGAAGUCUAAAGAUACUUGGCAAACUGCUCUUCUCUGUUAGUUUCCUUGUCUUCCUUCUGAUGUUGAUUCUCUUGGGAAAAGGCUUUACUGUCACUAGAGCAAGAAUAAGUCACAGUGGUUCUGUCAAGCUAUCCAUCUACAUGACUGUCUACACAAUUACCUACAUCAUCCUCUUCAUAUAUGAAGCUGAGUUCUUUGACCCAGGUGAGGUGCUAUAUGCCUAUGACAGUCCUGCUGGAUAUGGCCUGAUGGGCCUGCAGCUGCUGGCCUAUGUGUGGUUUUGCUAUGCUGUGCUGGUGUCUCUCAAACAUUACCCAGAGAAACAGCCAUUCUACAUCCCCUUCUUUGCUGCGUACACUCUCUGGUUUUUCGCUGUGCCAGUCAUGGCCCUGAUCGCCAACUUUGGUAUAUCUCGCUGGGCCAGGGAAAAGAUUGUCAAUGGCAUUCAGCUCGGCAUUCACCUCUAUGCCCAUGUAGUCUUUCUAGCCAUCACACGUCCAUCAGCAGCCAAUAAGAAUUUUCCUUACCAUGUACGGACGUCUCAGAUUGGUAUCCUGCUGUCCAGCCCUAAAGGAAUGGGGACAGAAAGCUUCCCUCAUCAUGCCUACGGAAACAGCUCUUUCCUGGGAGACUCACAGCCCAACUUCACAGAACUUUUCUCCAUCCACUCAGCCCCUUUGAAGACCAUAGAUGAGGCAGUGGGGUGGAAGGGGCAGGAAGUGGCUCAGAACAGCGAUCAAAAGAUCAUCACCACGACAUCUGACUUGUCGUCCACAUUUAGCCCGCCUCCUCCGCCCAUCCCGCCACGCAGCUCUGCCCUCUCUCCACCCCCUCCCAGACUAGCCUCUCACUUUACAGAAUAUUUCAGCAUGCAAGGGGGAGCAGGGAUGGGCUCUAAAGCAUAGUACAUGAGACAGAGGGGCUUGGGGUUUGGAGAAAAGACCAAGUGAGAGCGCCCAGGUCUGGUUUCGGAUAUCAUGUUUCAACAUUAUUUACGAUAAGAUACCAACAGAGCAUGACGUUCGGUUUCCUGCAGUGAAGGUUUUACUACAGGAUUUGGAGAAGAGGCGCUGUAAUGGGUUGAGGAGUGCUAUGAUCAUAAAAGAAUAAAAAAGCAAUAAAUAUUUCAGCUAAAUGAAGGAGAUUUUUGGAUGUAGGUAGCACAGUAUAUCAAGAGCGGGUGGUAACUAAUAUACAGAAUUUUAACAUACAAAGAUUUUAUGUGGAAAUAGGACAGUGACAUGUAAAUAAUAAUGAAGAACAUUUAGAGUAUCCUAGCAGUUUAUAAAGGUUUUUUUCUUUUCCUAGUGGUGCUGUUACCAUUCGAAUUUUCAUGCCAUUACUUUGAACCAGAGCAGUGUAUUCAUCUCCCUUAAAAGACAAUGCCAACAUUUUGGCAGACAGUCUCAAGUUUCAGUUGUCCUGUAUUAUUAUGAGGAUGUAGCUUUUUGAGAGUCAGGAGAAGUGAGUGUCUCUGCUUGCAAAUAUUUUUUCCUCAACAAUACUUUGGGGAACAAUAAAUCCUAAUGGUAACCAUCAAUAUAUCACUGCAGACUUCAUGAAAGCAGUACAACAGGAUUUCACUUGUUUAAUUUGAUUUGGAUAUUUCCAUCAUAGAUAAUCAUAGAUGAUGAUCCUUCUGCUUCAUAGGCACAUCAGACAAGUGGAACUUGAGGCUAUAGGUCAAAGUGGGGGAGCUGUCUUUUAACUGAUGCCACAUCACAUUUUUUUAUGUUUUACAACAGGUUUUGAUUUAAAAAAAAAAAAGUAA